CAAUCAAUGUCAAUUGCAGAUUGCAGUAAAUUCUUUACGGAGGGAAUUUGUUUUGUUGUUAGUGAUAUUAAUUAAAUUGGCUAAUUUAUAGCUAAAUUAUAUGAAACAUCAUGGCUCUUUAUUGUGCAAUAUCUAAUGAGGUGCCUGAAGUUCCCGUGGUGUCCCCGUGUUCGGGGGCCGUGUUUGAGAGGCGUAUUAUUGAGAAAUACAUAAUAGAAAAUGGCGUCGACCCUAUCAGUGGAAAAGAGUUGAGGAUUGAAGACCUUAUUGAAAUAAAAACCCCUGCGAUUGUGAAGCCCAAGCCCCCCAGUGCCACAUCCAUCCCGGCCACUCUGAAGAGCAUGCAGGAUGAGUGGGAUGCUCUCAUGCUGCACACAUUCACUCAGAGGCAGCAGCUGCAGACUGCUAGACAGGAGCUCAGCCAUGCGCUGUACCAGCACGACGCGGCGUGUCGCGUGAUCGCGCGCCUCACGAAGGAGGUGACGGCGGCCAGGGAGGCCCUCGCCACCCUCAAGCCGCAAGCUGGCAUCGUGGCGCCGCAGCCCGCGCAUGCGGUGGAGAGCGGCGCAGGCGCAGGGGGCGCGGUCCCCGUGGGCAUGUCGGCGGAGGUGGUGUCGCGCCUGCAGGAGCGCGCCACGGCGCUGACGCAGGAGCGCAAGCGCCGCGGCCGCACCGUGCCCGAGGGGCUCGUGGGGCCCGACCAAAUACGCUCCUUCCUCACUCUCGCCUCGCAUCCCGGCCUCCACUCGGCCAGUGUGCCGGGCAUCCUGGCGCUGGACAUCAACCCGUCGGACCACAGCCGCCUGCUGACGGGCGGCAACGACCGCAACGCGACCGUGUUCAACAAGGACACGGAGCAGGUGGUGGCCAUCCUCAAGGGCCACACCAAGAAGGUCACGCGCGUCAUCUACCACCCCGACGAGGACACCGUCAUCACCGCCUCGCCCGAUCACACCAUCCGCGUGUGGAAUGUGCCUACGUCUCAAACCACGGUCCUGCUCCGUUCGCACGACGGUCCGGUGACGGGCCUGUCGCUGCACCCCACGGGCGACUAUGUGCUGUCCACCUCCACGGACCAGCACUGGGCCUUCUCAGACAUACGCACCGGAGCCCUGCUCACCAAGGUUAGCGAUGCAUCAGGUGUCAGCCUGACAACUGCCCAAUUCCAUCCAGACGGUCUGAUCUUCGGCACCGGAACCGAGAACUCUCAGGUCAAGAUCUGGGACUUGAAGGAACAGAGCAACGUGGCCAACUUCCCUGGACACAUGGGCCCCGUCACCUCCAUAUCUUUCUCAGAAAACGGAUAUUACUUGGCCACGGCUGCUGAAGAUGCAUGUGUUAAACUAUGGGAUCUCCGCAAGCUGAAGAACUUUAAGACCAUCCAGUUGGAAGAAGGUUAUGCUAUUAAGGAGUUAUGCUUCGAUCAGAGUGGUACAUAUUUGGCCAUCGCUGGUACGGAUGUGAGGGUAUACUUAUGCAGACAAUGGCAGGAACUGAAGGUAUUCAAUGAGCAUACAGCGUCAGCCACUGGAGUGAGGUUUGGGAAGAAUGCUCAGUAUCUGGCUUCUACGAGUAUGGAUAGGACGCUUAAGUUGUAUGGUAUUGAUUUAGAGUAAAUAUUAUUCUAUAUACUAAUAAGUCGUAAUAACAUCAAUCCAUUCGCGGCAUGUUCGUUUCUGUAUGGUAUCACUAUACAUAUUAUAAAUGCGGGUGUGUUUGUUUGUUGAUUUGUCCUUCAAUCACGUUGCAAAAGGGCAACGGAUUGAUCUGAUUUCAGUUGAAGACCUGGAGAAUAACAUAGACUACUUCUAUCUUGGAAAAUCAAAGAGUUCCCACACGAUUUUCGGAAGUCUAAAUUCACGUGGACAAAGUCGCGGGCAUCAUACUAUUGUUGCAGUGUGUAAUCACUAUGGCUUAUUGUGGGACAUAGAUAAUAGAGAGAUGAAUCAAAAACUGACUUAAUUUUAGCCCUACCACAACAAAUUAUAGUAAUAAUAAUCAUAGUAUACAUGCAUGGAUGACAUAUAUAGUUCUAAGAUAAAAUUGUCAGGAAUUUCUGUAUUAAAGACAUGAAGUGGUGUUUUGUUGACUUAUAAAAUGUGUGAAUUCUUAGAUAUUAUCGUAUUUAGCAGAUAGGAUCAUAGUUAUAUUUUUAAUUAGUUACUAAACGUUUGAUGUAAGCUUAGAGAUAUAAAUAUUAAUUACUGGUUUAGACUACCAUUUGUUCUGUAACAUUGGUAUCAAUUUAUAAUAUGCGACAGGUCUAGAUGGCAAUCAGGAUGUGAGGCAGGGCGUCCUCACACCGAUUGCCAUCUCGACUGGUCGCGUACUAUAGUUUAUCUAUCUAUAAACUAAAUGAUUGAACCUUUUUUAAAUUUCGUGUUCUAUUUCCAUGUCUGUUAUUAUUAUUAUUGUACCUACUUAAAGUAAAUAAAUUG